CUGUCGUGUCAACCAUCGCUGAAAGAGUCGGUCGGAGGAAGUGGAACGGACUCCAAAGAGCCACCGAGGUGUCAGUCCCAUCAUCCCCAACAACAACCAAGAAGCAGCAGGGAGCUGCCAAGGUGUGGAUUAUGGAGAGGCCCCUUUUCCAGAUGCCUCUGGCGCUGUGUCUGCUCUGGAUGUUUCCAGGAGGCCUCCAGGUCUUCUCCUUCCCCGUCCACAAGCGGGACCUCUUCCCCGUCCGAGAGUCCCCCCUCGACAUGGCGGCCACUUCGUUUGAUGACCAGUACAAGGGCUGCGCGGCACAGAUGGAGUCCGAGCUGAAGGACCUGAACCUGACAGAGUUUGCCACCAACCGGCUCUACGCCGAAGCCUGGGCAGAGGCAGAGUCCAAGUGGAAGGAGAGGAAGGCCUCCCUCCCGGAGCUGCCCCUGGGCAUGAAGCCGGAGUACGCCAUUGCCCUCCUGGCCUACACGGCCCAAGGGCACUUCCACAGGGAUUUCAACGCCGCCGUGAGGGAGGCCGGCCGCACCAGGGACGCCUAUCUCACCAACUUCCACUUCAAGACCUUCCACUUUCUCCUGACCAGAGCUCUCCAGGCCCUGAGUGCCACCUCUUCGCCCAGGUGCCAGAAGGUCUACCGGGGGGUCAGGAGCGUCCGCUUCAUCUCCGAACGCCUCCGUCCGGUCCGCUUUGGCCGUUUCACCUCCUCGUCGCUGAAGAACGAGAGCGCCUUGCAGUUCGGCACGGACACCUUCUUCACCAUCCAGACCUGCUAUGGAGUCAACAUCAAGAACUUCUCCUUCUUCCCAGGUGAAGAGGAGGUCCUCAUCCCGCCCUUUGAGACCUUCAAGGUGGCCAACUUCACCAAGGCCCCCCAGACCACCUUCAUCCACCUCCUCUCCCUCGAAGACUCCAGCCUCCACAACUGCGUCUUCGUGAAAGAGAAAAAGUGCAAAGUGCAAAGAUGCCCCUUCCAUUCAGGUGCCGGCCACAGCCAUUUCUCUGCCCAUGCCCAGAUGCCCUUCCUUCUCUGGGGAGUCCUACUCAUUACGGCCAUCCUCUUUGGAUCACCGGGAUUCCUCUGACCUCCACGACUCCAUCUCCUUCUCUGAAUACCUUUGAGAACUGACUCCAGGAAAAGAAGAGGAAAUAGGAGAAUAGCAUGAGGUUAAGAGGACUCUCUUUGCAUUAGAUUCAGAGCCUGGCACCAGCUGCAAAUGAGGCAUCUUCUAGUCUGACUGUGCAUCCAGAUAGAGCAUUGUUGCCAUUUGCUGUUGAAGUAGAGCUUUAAAUGGUGUAAAUGUUAGCUGGGCCACAAAUGUUAGAAGGAAACCAAGACGGCAGAAGCAACGCCUGGAAACCCACUGCUAUGAAAGUUGAGGGAUGAUUAGCCUGGAGAGGAGAAGAUGGAGAGGAGAUAAUGGCUGAGCUAACUUGGAAUAUGGAAGAUGGAGCCAAAUUCUUUCCUGCUGCCCCAGAGGAUAUAUGUGUUUUAAUGACUACAGCAAAGCCUUUGACGGCAUAGACCAUGAAAGGCUAUGAAAUGCCCUUAAAGACAUGAUGGGAGUGCCAACACACCUGAUAGUCCUAAGGAGGAAUCUGAACUCAGGACAAGAGGCUACUGUCAGGACAGAACAAGAAGAAACAGAAUGGUUCCCAAUUGGGAAAGGGGCCAGGCAAGGCUGCAUCCUUUCACCCCAUCUGUUCAACUUAUAUGCAGAACAUAUUAUAAGACAAGCAUGACUGCACACAGAAAACGGAGGAGUGAAAAUGGGAGGAAGGAAUAUCAACAAUCCGAGAUACGCAGAUGACACCAUAAUGCUAGCAGAAAACCUCACAGACCUGGGGCGCAUUCCCACUAUGAUUUAAAGCAACUCACUGAUUGAUUUAUAUGAUCGUCUUUCCUAUUUGAACAUGGUUCCGAUCCUACUUUGAUCGAUUUCUGUCACAAUAAAGCGAGGCAAAUACAAAAACCUGGUUUUUCCAGA